AUGCUCCACACUAACCUGCUGGGCUCCAUGCUGACCUGCAGGGCGGCGCUGCGCAGCAUGCUGCGGCCACCAGGCGGCGCCAUCGUCAACAUCGGCUCUGUGGUGGGUCUGAAGGGGAACGCGGGUCAGAGCGUCUACAGCGCCUCGAAGUCCGGUCUGCAGGGCUUCACUCGCUCUCUGGCUAAAGAAGUGUCUUCAAGAAACGUCAGAGUCAACCUGCUGCUUCCAGGUUUUAUCCGGACCAACAUGACGGAGCGUCUGAUCCCUCUCCGGAGGUUUGGCACCGGACAGGAAGUGGCUCAGGCCGUCCUCUUCCUGCUGGAGAGUCAGUAUAUGACGGGGGCGGAGCUACUGGUGGACGGGGGGCUGCAUCUCAGCAUGUAGAACACACACACAAAUUAAAUUCUGUGUUUGAAUGCCAUCUGUUGCUUCUCUCUGUUGUAUAUCUGAUUAAAGUGAACAGUGAGAAAGAAACUGCUUAUUAAAGAUGCCUAUAAGAAGCUUUUACAAAUAAAUAAACUUCUUCUUCCUGUAAAAGCAGCACAAGUGCAUUAUGGGAAUGUAAAUACUAUGGUGUUGAUUCUUGAAUAAAACUGUAUAUGAACUCUUU